AUUUGGUUUCUCUUCUUUCAUUUUUUUAGUCGCCCAUACUCUUCCUUUCAUCAAUAAUGAAUAGCAAUGAUCUGAAUCGCCAAUUUGCUAACAUGGACGUCAACAGUGAUGCUCGCAACAACAAUAACAGCCGACCUUCACGACAGCGGGUACCAUAUGUUCCACCUCACUUGAGGAACCAAGCCACUUCUACUUCCGCACCUGUUCAACGCACCACUGAUAGCUGGGAUGCUCCUAUUCGUUCCAACAACAACAGCAGUCACCGCUCUGGAGGAGGUUGGGGUGGUGCUUCAGAUAGUGGAUAUAAUCGUGGUUGGAGCAAUGGCCAGUCCAGCGGACGCUAUUCCUCGGGCGGUGGUAGCGGAGGCAGCUGGAACGAACGCGCUUCUUCAGGCGGAUAUGGUGGUCGCCGCAACGAAACAUCAUCUAGUGGCUAUUCUCGCCCUGACCGUGACAUUGGCACUUUCAAAAACGGCGUUCAAACUCCUGCGUCACGCAACCCUCGUCUGGAACGCGAGUUAUAUGGAACUGAGGAUAAAGAGCGUCUGACCACCGGGAUCAAUUUUGAAAAGUAUGACGAUAUCCCCGUGGAGGCUUCCGGACAUGAUGUCCCCGAGCCAAUCUUGUCUUUCACCAGUCCUCCGCUUGACCCUCUGCUUCUCGAAAACAUUGAACUCGCCAAAUACACCCAGCCUACUCCCGUCCAAAAGUAUUCCAUCCCUAUCGUUGCAGCGGAUCGUGAUUUGAUGGCCUGUGCACAGACUGGCUCAGGAAAGACCGGAGGUUUCCUUUUCCCUAUCCUCUCAGAGCUUUUCAAAUGCGGGCCUAAGCCUUCUCCGGAUCAUGGAAUGAACCGGUCCCGUAAGGCCUACCCGGUUACCCUUAUCUUGGCUCCAACACGCGAGCUGGCAUCGCAGAUCUGGGAAGAGUCACGCAAGUUCGCAUACCGCUCCUGGGUUCGAUCUUGUGUGGUUUACGGAGGUGCCGAUAUCGGUCAGCAACUACGACAGAUUGAUAAAGGGUGUGACUUGUUGACUGCUACUCCUGGCCGUUUGGUCGAUCUAAUUGAGCGUGGCCGAGUCUCUCUAGCCAACGUCAAGUAUCUUGUCUUGGACGAAGCCGAUCGUAUGCUCGACAUGGGAUUUGAACCUCAGAUUAGACGCUUGGUGGAAAAAGAAGAUAUGCCUGGAGUUCAGGACCGCCACACACUAAUGUUUUCAGCCACAUUUCCUCGCGAUAUUCAACAUUUGGCUCGUGACUUUUUGCGGGACUACAUCUUUUUAUCCGUUGGUCGGGUUGGGUCUACAUCGGAAAAUAUCACUCAAAAGAUCGAAUACGUUGAGGACGAGGACAAGCGCUCUGUUCUUCUAGACAUCCUCCAUUCCCAGACCAAAGGGGACCUAGGCCUGACCUUGAUUUUUGUCGAGACGAAACGUAUGGCCGAUUCUCUUUCUGAUUUCUUACUCAGCCAAAAUUUCCCAGCUACCGCAAUUCACGGUGAUCGAACCCAAUAUGAACGUGAACGUGCCUUAGACAUGUUUCGAUCUGGGCGCUGUCCUAUCAUGGUGGCAACUGCAGUUGCUGCGCGUGGAUUAGAUAUCCCCAAUGUGACCCAUGUUGUGAGCUAUGAUCUACCAACAGAUAUUGACGACUAUGUUCACCGUAUUGGUCGUACUGGCCGUGCCGGCAACACCGGCUUAGCGACAGCGUUUCUUAACCGUGGUAACAAAGGCGUGGUGCGCGAUUUGAUCGACUUGCUCAAGGAAGCUAAUCAGGAUGUUCCAGGUUGGCUUGAGACUUUAAACCGUGAGUCAUCCUACAACAGUGGUGGACGAGGUCGUGGACGAGGUCGCGGACGAGGUGGUCAAGCAGGUAAUCGUGAUUACCGCAAAUAUGGAGGUGGUGGUGGUGGUGGCAAUGGCCAUGAUUAUUAUGGUGGCGGUGGUGGCUAUGGUGGCGGAGGAAAUUAUUCCAACAAAAGUAGUUGGUUCUAAAUGACCAUGUGCUUUUGGAUACAUUUUUUUCUUUUUUUUUGUUAAAUUUGUGAGGAUAGCUUGGACUUUGGGUAGUCUUGAGUGAUAUACCCGCUCCGCAAUGGAACUGGAUCCUAUCGAUAACACUAGUCUUUUCCAAAGGCACUUUAUUCCUCUUUUCUAAUUUGUGUAAAAAUUGGCAUUCUUCCCUUGACGCCUUUGUACAUUAGCAAAUUG